GCAGAGCUGGGGCUGAAGUCCCUAUGGCCUUCCUGCUCGAGGCUAGCAUUCUGGAGGACAAUUGGGACUUGGUUUUUUCUGCAAUACAGUGGAUACAAUUUGUUAUGGCUACUCUGAGUGUUAUAGGCUCAAGUUCACUUAUUGCCUAUGCCAUAUUCCAGAAUAUACAGAAAUCUCCAGAGAUAAGGCCACUCUUUUAUCUGAGCUUCUCUGACCUUCUCCUGGGGAUAUGCUGGCUCACUGAGGCACUUCUUUAUGGAACUUCAGCAGCCAAUAAGGACAUUGUCUGCUAUAACUUGCAAGCAGUUGGACAGAUAUUCUACAUUUCCUCAUUUCUUUACACCGUCAAUUACAUCUGGUAUCUGUACAAAGAGCUGAGGAUGAGACACAACCAGAGUGGACAGAGCACAUUUCCAUUGGUUAUAGAUUAUACUUGUCACGUUGGUCAAAUAGCCAUCAUUUUGUCAAGCCUGAUACCUCUGCUGUUGAUGAUACCUGUAUUCUGUCUGGGCAAUGUUAGUGAAUGUUUCCACAACUUCAGCCAGAGCCACAGGUGUAUUCUGAUGUACUCCCCACCAUCAGUCGUGGCUGAACUGCCUUCUGCCAACACAUCAGUCUGUAGCACACUUUAUUUUUAUGGGAUCACCAUUUUCCUGACCACCUUUCUCCUCAGCCUCCUCACCAUUGUGGUCUUACUCAUCCAAGCGCAGACUCUGUAUAAGAAGUUUGUGAAAUCAACUGGCUUCCUGGGGAGUGAACAGUGGGCAGUGAUUCACAUUGUGGAGCAGCGAGUACGCUUUUACCCAGUGGCCUUCUCUUGCUGCUGGGGCCCAGCUGUCAUUCUGAUGAUCAUGAAGUUGACUAAGCCACAGGACAUGAAACUUCACAUGGUCCUCUGUGUUCUCCAGGCUCUAACAGCAUCAUCCCAGGGUCUGCUCAACUGUGGAGUAUAUAGCUGGACACAAUACAAGUUCUACCAACUAAAGCAACAGGCUCGGCGUGAUGCAGACACCCAAACACCAUUAUUAUGUUCACAGAAGAGAUUCUAUAGCAGGGGCCUAGAUACAGUGGAGUCUGCCCUUGGUUUUGCUACCAGCCCUCCACCAUUCUUUGAAACUGUAAUACUGGAACAUCCAGGAACCAGAAUUAUUCCACACUAAUGGAUUGAGAAGAGUGUUGGGAAACAUCUCAAGUCUUUUCCAACCAUGCCUUAAACUAUGGAAGUGAAAAAGGAUGUAGUGCUGUGGUUAGUAGGUUUUCUUGUUGAAUUGGACAGGAUCUCUGUUAUUCUCAGAUUCACUAGUAAUUCUUCAAGUCUUUGUUCAGAGAGGUGAAGCCACUUUCCUUCUAAGAGAUAGACUCCUAUCACCUCAGUGAAUACUAGAUUUGUUUAAAUCUCUUCUAGAUAAGUUCCAGGUUAUUAUUUAUAUGUGCCAUUUCCAGGCUCUCUACUCCAUGGUCGUGGGGGAAGUAGGGUGGCAUGCAGCAGCUUGCUCAGAUUUUGCUAGUAUUGUUAUUCUCUCUGCGGUUGGACAAAGAAAGUCCUGGGUUUCUGUUCUUUGAAGAGUUUUUGAAACUUAAAAGAAGCAAGGACAGUAACUAUCAAAAAACUGACUGUGGGAUCCUCAGGCACAUCCUACUCUCUUAUUUGUUCAGUGCUGUUCUAAGUCUUAACAGUAGGAACCAUCUGCUCUAGGAAAUUAAGGCCAAUCUUAUGGAGUUAGAGGGGAUAAUAAGAUUUAAGAGAAAUCAGGAUUAAAAGAAAUUUUAGGUAUCAAAAACUCUCAACUCCCAUUUAUAAGCAAAAGUCCAAAAGUAGGUUUCAUAGUGCCUGGACAUAGAAUUAGGUUGAACCAUAUGAACUUACCAUUUUUAUAGGUGAAAAUGGCAUAUCAUCAAUUUUACAUGGUUUAACCUAAUGGUAAGUGUUUAAUGUAUGUUUAUAGAAUAAAUGAAUAAGUGAAUGAAUGGCUAGAAAGAACCUUUUGGUAAAGAAAAGAUUCCCAGACUGCAGAGCCUCAUUCACUAGUACGAAUGUCUAAUCCAUUUCUUCUUCCCCCUCCCCUUUCCCUCCUCCUCCUCCUCCUCCUCUUCUUCUUCUAAAAGAUUUAAUUUAUUUAUUUGAGAGAGAGUGCAAGCAGGGGGUGGAGCAGAGGGAGAGGGACAAGCAGACUCUAUGCUGAGCAUAGAGCCCGACACAGGGCUCAAUCCCAGGACCCUGAUGAUAUUAUGACCUGAGCUGAAACCAAGAGUCAGACACUUAACUGACUGAGCCACCCAGGCACCUCUUCUUUAAUCACACAACAAGUGAUGUUUGGUCUCUUUAGUUAAGUUAUGAACAAAGUCAGUCUGAGGCCAGGGCAUUAGAUACUAUGAUGCCAAAACAAAGAGGAAAAGCCAAAUGGACAAAGUGGCUGGAAUGACAAUCAACUAAAACACCUGGAACUAGUAAUGAGAUGCUUCUCACCUGAUAUACUCCCUUGGUCUGUCCAAGGAAAAAUCCUUAAGAUUAGAGAAAAUUGACAGAGUAAAUUACAAUGGUGAAUUAGAUAGGAUACUCUGAAACAUAAGUUUCCAGAGAUCAUUCCGAAGGAACUCUCUGUAGAAAUGUUAGGGAGCUCGGUUAACAGCUCUUUAGGUUUGAGGCCAUGAGCUUCACCUUACUGUGGAGGGUGACCUGGGCUUGUUAUGUCAAAAACACAUCUUGAGGCCUGUCAUUGUCCUAUAGCUCUGAAACCUGAUCUGGAUAGCAUAGAACAAGAAAGAUUGCUUCACAUACGGAGCUGCUUUAAGUUCUUUUAAUUUAAAAAUGAAUAGUCAACAUUUGGAGAGAGAUGAAAAAAAAAAGAAUUCCUAUUUCUGUAGACCUUGAGGGACACCAGAAAUACAGAGUCCAAUUCUUAAAAAAGUUUUUUUAGUGGGGCGCCUGGGUGGCUCAGUCAUUAAACGUCUACCUUCGGCUCAGAUCAUGAGCUCAGGGUCCCGGGAUCGAGUCCCGCAUUGGGCUCCCUGCUCAGCAGGGAGCCUGCUUCUCCCUCUCCCACUCCCCCUGCUUGUGUUCCCUCUCUUGCUGUCUCUCUCUCUCUGUCAAAUAAAUAAAUAAAAUCUUUAAAAAAAAAAGUCCUUUUUGUAUCACUUCAUAUUUGGCUUUAUUACCAGAAAGAAGGUAAUUAUCAAAUGUUUGUCAGGUUUGUUCAUCUUGCUUCUCCGAUUAAUUUUUUGCAUUGACACUGGUCUUAGAUCUUCUGUGGAUGUAAGUAAACAAAAAGAUAGUAGGAAUGAGAAACAGGGAAAGGCUAGGCAAGAUCCAGAUUAGGAUUAUAAGCUUUUUGUCAUACUGAGAGUCAGAGGGGACACAUGGAGCUGGGCCACUAUUCAAACUGUCCCCAUAACCCUUAGAUUCACAUGUAGGAGGGGUAUAGAUAUAGACACAGUGACAUUCAUAAAAUUGUUGCAAUGACACUUGUCCAGGUUGUAGUCAUAGUGGAAUAUAGUGGUAUCUAUAUUCCACUUAGUGGUAUAUGAGCAGGUUUGAUUAAUACAGAUCUGUGAACCACGUUGGGUACCAUCCCUCUCAUCAGCUCUGUCUGAGGCUUCAAAAAACUCUGCACCCCAAUACCACAUGUCCCACAUGGGGAAGUGGGUCAGUGUUUGAUGUUUCUUAAUUCAGUCAGCAGCCUUUCACAUUGUGCAUCUUUGGCCUUGCACUUACUGAAGACCUUAAUCAUCCCCUUAGAUUCACUGCCAUGGUUUCCAAACCUGUCCCUUUUGUAUUCAUGUAAUGAUGUCAACUUUCCAGGCAACCUUUGUGCCUUUUCCAAAGAUUUUAACACAAUGAUUCUCCACGCUUCAGCACCAGCCCUGGUAACAGUAACCUUGUUCUUUGUAAGGAAUGCCAUCUUGCUUGUAGGUAUCUGUCUGGCACCACCUGGAAAUACCAUUACAGUGUUCCGGGAGGUCACACUCAUCUACUCUGAGGCAGCAGGGUGUAGAAGUUUGCUGGUUUUAUAGAAGGAUCCCAAAUGUGCAGUCUGAACCUUUCUUCAGCUGGCAUGAGGGCAGACAGUAGUGAUCAUUUUAAUAAUUAAGGACACUGCCACAAUCACAUUCUUUUCCUUUAUCUACUUUCUUUUUUUUUUUUUUUUUUUUCCAAUAUGGCUUUCCAAAGGAGCUUUGGAGCUCAGGUUUUUUUGAACAGGCAGUACCCUCUAUGCUUAUGCAACAGCCGGUGGAAGUAGUCAAAGCUGUAGUUGCUGAAACCCAUAUCUAUAGUAAGAAAUUCAUGCACAGGACAGAGGUUCUGGCCAUGACACUUGCAGGUCACAUGGUCAUGCUUCAUUCCCAAGUUUUGGCCAAGCUUGUGAGCCAUAAGAGCUGUGAAAUGUGGUAUAUUUUCCAUGACAGAAAGAUUCAGCACUGGUUGAAUUCUUAGCAGUGCAGAUACCACUAAGAAAUGCAUGGCUCUGGUACUUCCCAAGACCUUGGCUAAUGACCAUAUGAGCAACAUUAUGCUUCACUCUUCUCAAAAGAUGCCAGUCUCUCUAGCAGUUAAAAUUUUGUAGUGUUUCUUGCGAAUUCAGGGAGAUUUUCACUAGGUUUCUCUCUGUCCAUAUCUUUAACCCAGUAAUACUGUCACAUUUAAUUUCUUCUUGUACCUGUUAACCUGAACAUUCAUUACCAUCUGUAUUGUCUUGGUAGCAUUAUUAUUCCACAUUUGGAACUGCAUAUUGUCAACCACAGUAAAUGUUUCAGCAUGCUUGGAAAGUGACCACAUAUAGGACAUUGAAAAGGAAGAGGGCUCUAUUUUGCUCUGAAAUUGUGAAGUGGUUAAGAGCUUCUCCUGUUUAUCUCCACUCAUUGUACAAGACUAACCUGAUUUUAAAGAUAUGCUGAAAACCAUAUGCCCAAAAUUCUUUGAAGUAUAUACAGGCUUGAUGCCAAAGACAGUGUCAUGUAAAGUCAGGACUCCCUUUAUAGCCCUGAGCAAGUGCUAAUAGUCACAAGAGAAUGCAGGUCACCCUCUAAACAUCCAGUCAUCCUGAAUAAAAGGCAUGUCAAGCCUAGUAUCCCAUUUUGAUGUGUAUAAACAGGGAAGUUCUUGAUAAAUAAUCCUUUCUUUUGCUUCAAAUUAAUAAUAGGCCAUUUUUCUUGUAUGAGCAGAAUAUAGGACACUUUUUCUGCUUUUUCUUCCCGUCCUUUGAAUAUCGUCAAGUUGCUAGGGAUGACCAUUUUAUAAUAAAGAGAUUUCCAUUUACAAUGCAUCCCUUGAAGAAUAUUCACUAUCAGCAAUAAGAUGACAUGCAGCUUAAUGUAGGAAGGGCUCAUUCUCAAGUGCCCCAUUCAGGAACUCCUGGAAGAAAAAUCACUCUAAACCUUACCCAUGACCACUUGAUUUCAUAGAAGGAAGUGCAUAAGGGAGGCAAAGUAACUGGGGUUGUCAUUGUCAUGGCCCAGUUGAAACAACUAAUGGUCCUACACCUCUGUCUCAGUUGCCUUGCCUGAGAUCCGAAUCUUUGUCAGUAACACAGUUUGGCUAAAGCUCAAGGCUUUGCUGCCUGUUGCAAGGAUAGCUGCUCCCACCCUGGGAGUUACAAGAUGACAUCUAUUGUUUGACUGUGCCUCUUCCUACUCCUGUUGUGGUCUCUCUUCACAGGAGUGCUCUUACUUUGCAACCUUCAUGAAAGCACAAAAUUUUAGUACUGCUUAGCUGAGCUCCUGCUAUCUUCAUAGAGGAGUAUACCAAGGAGAGGAAACUUUCAGAGGUCCUGUCAGUAUUAUGACUCAGGAUCAGGCCCCAAGAAAAGAAAAAGCUAUAACCUUCUUCCUUUAUUCCCAGUCCCCAUGGAAGUCUUCCCCUCCUGUCAUUCAUUGUUCUUUUGAGUCAUUGAAACCAAAGGUUUCCAGGGGCGCCUGGGUGGCUCAGUCGUUAAGCGUCUGCCUUUGGCUCAGGUCAUGAUCCCAGGGUCCUGGGAUCGAGCUCUGCAUCGAGCUCCACAUCGAGCUCCACAUCGAGCUCCGCACUGAGCUCCGCAUCGGGCUCCCUGCUCCGCGGGAAGCCUGCUUCUCCCUCUCCCACUCCCCCUGCUUGUGUUCCCUCUCUCACUGUGUCUCUCUCUCUGUCAAAUAAAUAGAGAAAAUUUAAAAAAAGAAAAGAAACCAAAGGUUUCCAGAGCAGGGGUUUGUAGAUCUCUGGGUAGGUCACAUUUUGCACCAUCCCUACUCUGAACCAUUCAGCCCUUUGCAAACCUCCAGUUCCUUUUUCUUUCUUUGUUAUUCACAAUAUGUUUAUUGGCUUAUUCCUAGAAUACAUGUAAAGUAUUAGAAUAACCCAUGCCUCUGUGAAAAGCAAAUAUAUGAACUGGAGAACAGUAUUUGUGUUCAGUUCUUUUUUCUCUUUAGCCUUAUGGUAUGAGGUCAAAAUAAUGUUUUCUAAAAUUAUCUAGGUUAUAAUUUUUUAUCUAGACCUAUUCUAGAUAUCAUGGUGGUAUUAUUCAUUUUGAAUACAGCUAAGUUCAUAUGUUACUGUUUGUAUUUCAUUUUGGGUUUUCCCCCACCUUUUGGAUGAUGAUGAUUUUGGGAAAAUGUGAAAUAUUACCAUGAUUCUAAAACUCAGUAGUAUACCAGGGCACCUGGGUGGCUCAGUUGUUGAGCGUCUGCCUUUGGCUCAGGUCGUGGUCCCAGGGGCCUGGGAUCGAGCCCCGCACGGGCUCCCCGCUCCUCAGGAAGCCUGCUUCUCCCUCUCCCACUCCUCCUGCUUGUGUUCUCUCUCUCACUGUCUCUCUCUGUCAAAUAAAUAAAUAGAAUCUUUAAAAAAUAAAAUAAAAUAAAAUAAAAAAUAAAACUCAGUAGUAUACCAAAGAAAAGUAUGCAGAGUACACCUCCUUGAGCCUUUAAUCUGUUCCAUGUACUACUUCUUUCUACCCAGUUCCCAACCACCAAUCUUAAUAGUACUUAGUUUAUUUUUCCUGUAUUUUUUCUGCACAAAUUAGUAGAUGCAUGUAUAUUUUCUUGUAUCCUCCUCUCUCUCUCUCUCUUUUUCAAAGAUUUUAUUUAUUUAUUUGAGAGAGAGAGCAUGCACAAGAGAGUGAGCCCGAGUGGUGGGGAAGGGCAGAGGGAGAGGGAAAAGCAGAGAGGAGAAGCUCAGCAGGGAACCUGAUGUGGGGCUCAGUCCCAGGACCCUGGGAUCAUGAUCUGACCUGAAGGCAGAUGCUUAACCAAGUGAACCAUCCAGGUGCCUCUAUCCUCUUCUUUCUUAUAUAAAUGUAGUGUAACAUUUUGCAUUUUCCUCUUUAAACUUAAAGAUACAUCCUGUAAAUCAUUCCAUAGCAGUUCAGUGAGAUAUUCCUCAUUCUCUCUCUCUCUCUCUCUCUCUGUCUUUUUACAGCUGCAUAGUACUCCAUUUUGUGGAUAUUAUUUAUUCAGUCACUCUUUUGUGUAUGGGCUUUUCAAUUGUUUAUAUUGUUUUGAAAUUACACACAAUACAUCAACAAAUAAUCUUGCACAUAUGUAUUUUUGUGGAGGCAAGUUCCUCCACAAAAUGGGGAAGCAGUGCCUCUGUAACUAACUGUAAAUGUAGCUUUGUUUGGUAUUUUCAAAUUCCCCUUCAAAAGGGUUUUGCCAGUUGCAUUUCCACCAGCAAUGUAUUAGAAUGUAUUAGAGUGCCUAUUUUCCCACAUUGUAAGCAACAGGGUAUGUUACCAUAAAUUUUAAUUUUCACCAAACUAAUAGGUGAGAAGUGGCAUCUCAGUGUAGUUUAACUUGUAUUUUUCUAAUUUGAAUGAAUUUGAACAUGUUUAAAUAUGUUUAAGGUCAUUUUUGUAUCUUUUAAUAUUAUCUGUUCAUGUCUUUCCCCCCUUUUCUAUCAAGUUUUUCAUCUAUUUUCUCUUUAACUACCUCCCAGCUUUAUUGAAGUAUAUAAUUCAUGAAUAAAAUGGCAUUUAUAUGAAAGCAUACAACAUGCUGACUUGAUAUAUGUAUGUACUAUGAAGUAUUUAUUUACAUAUAAAAUAUAUAUUAAUGUAAAUAUAAAUUUUCUAAAAGGCAAAGGAACUAGGACAGUUAAAAUAAUUUUGGAGAAGAAUAACAUAUAGGAGGAACCCCUCUUUUCAAUUUGAAAACUGUGUGGUAUUGAUGAUGGGAUAGAUACAUAGAUCAAGCAAACAGAAAAGAGAACCCACACAUGUAUGGCCAACUAGUUUUUGACAGAGGAGCAAUAACAACUGCAUGGAGGAAGGACAGUCUUUUCAACA